UUUUUCAGGCGUAUGAAAAACUCGGAGGUUGUUUCAGGACACAUUUUAUUAAAUUCCAACACAUUAAAUAUUGACUAAGAGGUAUGGCAAUUGCUUAAAAAUUGCUGACAGCCCGACAGAAAAAUAAAAAUAAACCUGUAAUUAAAGAAUCAGCAAUCAAUUUGCUCGAUAAAUACACGCAACAUGGCGUGUCCUUUCUUUCGUCGUGCUGACUCUUUGUCGCGUCAGCCAUCGGUCAUUGCCGAGCCGGGCACCCAUUGGAAUCUGGAGGAUGAGGAGCUCUCGUUGUCCGACGAUGCAUUGACGCUGACCCAUCUGCAGAUGGCCAUACAGCUGUUGACUGCGCCAUCUAAUGAGGAUCUCAACACGGCCGUCACCUCUCUGGUGGCCAAGUAUCGUCAGAGUUGGCCUAACAUACAUAAGCUUAAACUGGAUCCGAAGAUCUUCAAGAGCUGCGCCAACUAUGAUUAUCUGGGCGAUAUACAAGAGCUGCUGCUCAAGAUGGACGAGGCCAGUGCCAGCGAGAUUCUGGUGCUGUUAGGCGAAGAGCUGAUCACCUGCUGCUGCACUGGCAUUAUCGAGCGAGCCUUCCGCUGCCUGGGCACCGAUUUGCAAGAGUUUCUCGGCUCCCUGGAUGGUGUCUACGAUGUGCUGAAACUACAAGAGGACGAUGUUACCGACACGGGAUUCGUGUGUGCCGGUGAUGGUGAAUUAAUCUUCACCUCGGAGCGACCAGUGAUUGCUUGGCUGCUGCUUGGUUCCCUCAAGGCGCUCACUCGCAUGCUCUACAAGGUGGAUGUGAAUAUCAAAAUCGAACCAGUUGAGGGCGAUGCGCGACGUUAUCGUUAUCUCUUCUCGCUGGUCAAGGACAGCUCCCAGACGCUGCAGCUGGGACGUCCGUUGGUGCCCACUAAGCCGCAUGAAACUGUGCAGCGGAGUAAUUCGGCAAAUGCAUCCGAUCUGCAGAUGAAUUCGUCAAGCUUCUGCAAGAUGUUUCCCUGGCAUUUCAUAAUGAACGAGCAGCUGGAGCUGGUGCAACUGGGACGUGGGUUCAGCAAGCUCUACAAGCCAUAUCUGGCGGACUUUGGCUGCCAGGCCAGCACCUACUUUGACUUCAAGCGUCCUAAGGGCUUGACCAUGAAGUUUCGUGAGAUUGUGCGACGCACCUACACUCCCUUUCUGAUUGGCCUGAAGUGUCCACCGGGCGCAACUGAUUUCCCCGCCAUGGGACUGGAGAUCAAGGGUCAGAUGGUACAUUGUCCGGAAUCAAAUUCGCUGCUGUUCAUUGGUUCACCGUUUUUGGAUGGCUUGGAUGGUCUCACUUGCAAUGGACUUUUUAUCUCGGACAUUCCGUUGCACGAUGCCACACGUGAGGUGAUUCUAGUCGGUGAACAGGCGCGUGCUCAGGAUGGUCUGCGUCGUCGCAUGGACAAGCUGAAGAGCAGCAUCGAAGAGGCCAAUUCGGCAGUGACCAAGGAGCGCAAGAAGAACGUCAGCCUCUUGCAUUUGAUCUUUCCGGCUGAGAUUGCCGAGAAGCUAUGGCUGGGCUCCUCAAUCGAUGCCAAGACCUAUCCAGAUGUUACCAUACUCUUCAGCGAUAUCGUUGGCUUCACCAGCAUCUGUUCGCGGGCCACUCCCUUCAUGGUGAUCAGCAUGCUGGAGGGUUUGUACAAGGACUUUGAUGAGUUCUGUGACUUCUUUGAUGUGUACAAGGUGGAGACCAUUGGCGAUGCUUAUUGUGUGGCCAGCGGCUUGCAUCGUGCCUCCAUCUAUGAUGCCCACAAGGUCGCCUGGAUGGCGCUGAAGAUGAUUAGCGCGUGCUCCAAGCACAUUACCCAUGACGGCGAACAAAUCAAAAUGCGCAUUGGUCUCCAUACGGGCACAGUGCUCGCUGGUGUUGUCGGUCGCAAGAUGCCCCGAUAUUGUCUCUUUGGCCACAACGUGACCAUUGCCAACAAGUUCGAGUCGAGCAGCGAGGCAUUGAAGAUCAAUGUCAGUCCGACAACCAAGAAUUGGCUUACCAAGCACGAGGGAUUCGCCUUUGAUUUGCAGCCAAGGGAUCCCUCAUUUCUGCCCAAAGAGUUUCCCAACUCGAAUGGCAAUGGCACCUGUUAUUUCCUGGAGGGUUUCCGCAAUCCAACGCUCGAAACAGAUCUGCCCCUGGACGAGCACAUUAAUGCUGCUAUGAAGACCAUAUCGGAGGGCGGCGAUGCUUAAGAUCGAGUCACUUGCUCAGCCGGCACCUAAUCGUAGUUCAAUGCACAUGUAGUCUAAUUAUGUUUGCCCUUUAACAAAGCCAAAAAUAAAUUCUGCUGUCAA